AUGAGUCACUUGCUGUGGAAAUACUACUGGGAAAACGAUGUCGACAAGUUUCGGCGUCUAUUGGAUCCUGCCGGGUCUGCAGCUCCGGCUGGAUCCAAGAGCCCAGUGAUUGGCAGCGUCGGCUGGCCCAGUCCCGGCGGCUUUAGUUCUUCGCCACGCCUCGCGCCCAAGUCGCGCAAAGCCUCGGCCAAGGCAAAGGACUCGGCCAACGCUAUUGGAAAGACAGAAAUCAACAGUCGCGACCAUGCCGGCCUCACGGUUCUCUUGCGCGCCGCCUCUUCGACUGACCCGACCGCCCGCGACUUCGUCCAAGCUCUCGUCGAGCAUCCCUCCAUCGAUCUUUACGUACAGGACCCAGAGAGCGGCUGGAAUGCCCUCCAUCGAUCCUUAUACUGCGGAAAUGUUUCCAUUGCGCGCAUCGUUCUGGCCAAAGAACGCGAAAACAUCCUUUCUGGAACAGCAGCGUCCACGGGACGAAUUGGAAGACUCAUCAAGACCAAAGAUCACGAGGGAAACAGUCCGUUCGACGUCUACAACUCGACAAUCGCCACCCGGUCCCUGAACCGAGGCGACAUAAACGAAGAUUCUGACAAUGACUCUGACAGUGGAGACAGUACAGGAGAUUACAACGAACUCGCAAAGUCUACCCAUCUUGGCUCCUCUGCCAACGAAGGAGACGAAUUAUUCAUCUUUGGAAGCAACAGAAACAUGUCCCUCGGUGUUGGUGACGAAGAUGAUCGCCAAUAUCCCGAGCGCAUCAACCUACAACGUCCAGAUGGCCUCUUGCGCAAGUUUUACGAUUCUUAUCUAGGAGAGGAAGAUGCGGAAUUUGUCGCUUCAUCGUUGGAUAUUGAAGAUAUUCCAAUCAUGGUCCGCAGCCGCCCUCUCAUCAUUCAAGAUGUGGCCAUGUCCAAACUGCACACUGCCGUUUUGACGACGGACCCUGUCAGCAACCUGUUCAUCGCCGGUCUAGGUCGAGGUGGGCGUCUUGGACUAGGAGAUGAAAACACCAAAUUCAAAUUUGUUUCUGUUCAGGGUCCGCUAGCCGACAAAAAGAUUCGGCAAGUCGCCCUUGGACAGAAUCACUCAAUGGCCAUUGCCGGCAACGGUGAGCUGUGGACAUGGGGUCUCAACUCCGACUCGCAACUGGGUUACGCUCUACCCCCUCCAACGAGAGCUGACGAGGAACCCAUGAGCUUGGUGCCGCGUCAAGUUUUUGGAACGCUCAAGAAGGAACUGGUCCAAGGCAUCGCUGCAUCUACCCUCCACUCCGUUGCCCAUACUGGAACAUCGCUUUUCUGCUGGGGUCGCAACGUAGGACAGCUUGCACUCAUGGAUGCCGACUCUCGAUCUCUUGAUAUUCAAGCCACGCCACGCAGAGUGGCCGCGUCUCUAUUGACAGCGCCGAUCCUCAUGGUAUCUGCCAUUGACAGGGCCACCACAGUCUUGCUGGCUAACCACAACGUCUGGGUUUUUACCAACUACGGCUACAAUUUGGUCAAAUUUCCAACCCCUGAUGUAUUUGCCAACUACAACCUGUCGUCAUAUGCCAACAGACGUGAGUCGGGAAGAAAGCAAAUCGUUUCCAUUGCAUCCGGUGGAGACACCAUUGCUGCUGUCACGUCUCGCGGUGAUCUGUUUACCAUGACUGUUAAUAGCAAAGGCGAGCUUGAUCAACCCAAUGGCUCCACCACGAACCCAGCGAAGAUCAAAGGCGCAGUAUCACAACCACAAUGUGUAUGGGAUUCUCGCAAGGACGGUGUCACGUCUAUGAGCGUCGGAGAACAUGGCUCCGUCAUCAUUUGCACCGAGUCUGGCGCUGUAUGGAAGCGAGUGAAGCGUACCAAGGGCAAGAUGCUAUCUGGCGCCGGUGCGAAGAAGAAAGACUUCAAAUUCGAGCGUGUUCCAUACAUUACCAACUGCACAAAAGUCCGAAGCUCGACUUUUGGCGCCUUUGCUGCCAUACGCAACGAUAGCAAGGUCAUGGCCGAAGAAAUUUCUGUUGCAAAGGCAUCGAUCUGGGAUGACAUUGGCUCGCUUUUGUGCCUGAAUGGAUUUGAAGCAUCCAUGCCCAAGCCAGAUCCGAAAGAUUCUCGCAAAGCUUGGGACAAAGCCAUUGUCAGAGAAAAGCAAGGCUCUGUUGUUCACGAAUUGCUGAAAUCACCGGACAUUGAAGCAGACCUUGCACAAUUGCUACAGUUCGGCUCGCCGCAAUUUGAAAACCUUGAUCUUCUUGUCUGCACCACAGCUGCCCCAGAUGUCAAAAUUCCGGUACACGGUUGGCUGCUCUCUGCCCGAAGUCCGGUCGUACUUACUGCUCUUUCCAAGUACCGUCGCAACGGCAGCCAAUCAAAUGAAGAUGUCUUUACUUUGAGUGAAGAUGGGGGCAGACUUCUGGUUGAAUUUCAGCAGAUUGAUAUACUCACUCUACUGAACAUCGUGGUAUUCUCAUACCUUGACACUAUGAUGCCUGUUUGGAAAUGCACCAAAGAAGCACCUGCCAUGGCCCACCGUUACCGACAAGUCAGAGCCGAGCUUAUGAAGGUGGCUACUAAGCUACAAAUGAUGAAGCUUGAAAGCGCCGCUCGCUUGCAAGGCAGCGUUGAACCUUCGUUGGACUCGGAUUUUCAGGGCGUCAUAUCUGACAGGCGCUUUUUCGAGGAUGGUGAUAUUAUGGUGCAGCUCGAUGGUGAACAAUUUCCUGUUCAUAGCCAGCUUGUUUGCCGGCGGUGUCCGUUCUUCGAAGGCAUGUUCCACGGUCGCUCACAGGGUGGAUGGCUUACCGGUAGACGCUUAGGUCAAGCUGCUGAGGAUCUCACCGAAGUUGAUCUUGAGCACGUGAACCCGGAGACUUUCAUGAUGGUCAUUCAGUAUAUUUACGGAGAUCUUGGGGUCGAUCUUUUUGAGGAUGUAACUUCUGCAUCCUUGGACGAGUUCUCCGAAAUUGUCCUGGAUGUCAUGGCUACGGCAAACGAGCUGAUGCUUGACCGACUUUCGCAAGCCUGCCAGUCUGUCAUUGGCAAAUUCGUUACCACACGCAACAUUGCCAACUUGCUGAAUGAGAUUAGUGUCUGUUCAGUAACUGAGUUCAAGGAUGUUGGACUAGAGUACAUUUGCCUGCAGCUGGAAAACAUGCUGGAAAACGGCAACCUCGACGGUAUGGACGAGGAGGUACUACUAGAUCUUGACGAGGUUGUUCGCGAGAACCAGCUCGCCCGACUCCCAUUUGUGCGGAGUGGACGCGCGGAGCUGCUUCUGCAUGAAAAAUUCCCAGAUCUUCUAGUUGAUAUUGAGGAGGAGCGUCAACGCCGUGUCAAGGAAUUCGCCUUCAAGACUACCCAGCGAGAAGCGGAGAAGAAAAUGUCCUCAUCGUAUCGCGCACGCUUCGGUAGCUUGGACGAGGUAGCGGCAUUGUCGAGAACGCCUGACGCGAGCCGACGCAAGUCUAGCUUUGCUCGCAACGAGCCGUUCAGCCCUAGUCUGCGACCGAAAGAAUCACAUGGAGAUCUCAUCUUUGAUAUGGACGAGGAUGUGGCCAAGUAUGGCGAUGGGUCUUCUCCAGACGCGCUGUCUCCUAUUCCCCAACUAGACUUGGACGUGGAGCCGAUGACACAACUUCCGGAGGCAGCAUGGCAGCAAUCCAAGAGGAAACACCCAGUCUCAUUCUCCAAGUCACCCAGCUCUCCUGCCCCUAUGUCGGCGCUCUCGGCGUCUCGAAACCUGAGCCGCACGCCAACGACGCCGGCCAAUCAUUCAGCGCGGAAAGCAAGCGGCCCUUGGGCUUCGCCAAUUCUGUCGACUACAAAGCUGGAUCUACGAGGCAUCCUGUCCGAGUCUCCAAGGCCCACGUCUGCGCUAACAACAAGUCUGGCGGCGGCAUCCAAGGAUGCCCCGUCGCCAAAGACGCCGGCCAAAAUGUCACAAAAGGAACGCAAGAGACAGAUGCAGAAGCAAGCAGAGCUUCAAGCUUCGGCAGAAAACGAGAAGCCAAGCGCCAAGCCAUGGCAACCUGUGUCAACGGGCAGCCAGCCAGCACCGUGGAAGGCAGCAUCUCCGGCUCCCAAGACAUCUUUGCAGGAGGCGAUGGCUUCCGAAGCUCAAAGUCGCGGGCCAGUGCCCAACACAAAGCCCCUUGUUGCUGCUGAAACGGGGCCUCAAGCCAAGCGCCGCACCGCAUCGCCCGAUACCAAGUUCUCCGGACAGAACCGCAACCGCCGUGCCGUGGCAGAUUCGUCUGCGUCUAGCAGCCAGCAGGCGGCGAGCCCUCUUGUCCCACACUCCAAGUCGUACAUCACACGAGAGCGCAAAGAAGAGCAGCUUGUAGGGGCGACGCUGGCAGACAUUAUUGGGCAGCAGAGACGUGAGCAGGAGCUGGUCAAGGAGGCCGUGGCUAAACGCUCUCUGCAGGAGAUUCAGCAGGAGCAGGCUUUCCAAGAGUGGUGGGAUCAGGAAAGCCGUCGCGCACGGGAGGAGGAAGCGCAACGCUCCGCCAGGCCGGCCAAGGAGCGAGGCGACGGUGGCAGUAAGCGCGGACGAAGAGGCCGCGGUGGUGGUGGUGGCGGCAAUGCUACUGCCGGUGGAAAUAAGUCGGGCAAAGGCAAGGACGCCGCCGACAGCGCAGAGCAUGCUGGGGCGCCGACUGGUCCCAAGCCUCGCUGGGGAGGCAAGGCCACCGCUGGCAAGGCUUCGGCCGGGAGAGGUGGCAAGAAGUAA